AGAAGAAAAAGGACUAAUCCCAAACCCAAUCCACUUCCUUUUACCCUUGUAACUGUACUGCACCAGUGGAACUGAACUAAGCUCAACUGGCCUGAAAACGCAACGGAGUUUGUCGUUGGCCGCCGGAAACAGUGAGUGAGUAACUUCAUCUUCUCCCUGUAGCGUUCGCAAGGAACAUUUGCUUCUUCUGUAUAAAACGCAUUCACAUUUUUACACUAUAAGCUAAGAAACGAAAAAAAAAAAUACUCAUUUUGUUCAAACAAAGUAGUUUCUUAUUGUCAUUAUUCAUACUCUUGUAAUUUAUAGGUUAGGUACUUCAAAUUUCAGUUUUCUUCAUUCCUAUUACCGUUAGGUAUGAAUAUCUUAGGAAACAGUAGUUUUUGUGUUGAUCCUAUUUUCAUAAUGGGAAACUAUUGCAAUAACCUCUUGAUAUGCAAUUUUUACUACCCUAAUUACUCAAUUACCAAUAAUACUACCAAAUUGUAUCGAAUUCAGACCAAACGAAACUCGUUAUGGAAAAGAACUUUUUAUUUUGAUUCACAUAAAUACUAUUUUGAUUCAGUAAUAGUUGGUGUUGGUACUGAGGAAAUUGUGGAAGAAGUGAUAGAAGGAAAUUACAAAAGAUUUAGGUGGAAUGAGAUACGACAUGAUGUAACGGAAGAACAAAAACAGGCUAUAGGUAAACUUCCCUUCAAGAUGGUUAAGCGAUGUAAGGCCGUGAUGAGACAGAUUAUAUGUUUUUCUGAAGAAAAGGGUAGAUUAUGUGAUGUUUUGGGGGCUUGGGUGAAGAUUAUGAAGCCUACAAGAGCAGAUUGGCUUUCGGUUUUGAAAGAGUUGAAAAAUAUGGAUCAUCCUCUCUACAUCGAGGUGGCAGAGCAUGCUCUUCUAGAAGAAUCCUUUGAACCCAAUCUUCGUGAUUAUACAAAAUUAAUUCAUUAUUACAGCAAGGAGAAUCAACUUGAUGCUGCUGAAAAUAUUUUCACGGCAAUGAAGCAAAGGGGCUUCAUCUGCGAUCAAGUAAUACUAACUACCAUGGUUCACAUGUACAGCAAGGCAGGCCAUCUUGACCGGGCCGAGGAAUAUUUUGAAGAGAUCAAAUUGCUUGGUGAACCUUUGGAUAAAAGAUCAUAUGGGUCAAUGAUCAUGACCUACAUCAGAGCUGGAAUGCCUGAAAAGGGAGAGAGUUUACUUGAAGAAAUGGACGCACAAGAAAUAUAUGCAGGCAGUGAGGUUUACAAAGCAUUACUUAGAGCUUACUCCAAGAUUGGUAACGCAGAAGGCGCACAAAGGGUGUUUGAUGCAAUUCAGAUGGCCGGUAUCAUCCCAGAUGAUAAGGUGUGUAGUCUUCUUAUUUAUGCUUAUGGUAUGGCUGGUCAGAGUGAAAAAGCUCGAAUUGCAUUUGAAAAUAUGAAAAGAGUAGGCAUCAAACCUACUGAUAAAUGCAUAUCUUUAGUACUUGUUGCUUAUGAGAAGGAAAACAUGAUAAAUACAGCAUUGAAGUUUCUAAUAGAUUUGGAGAAGGAUGGCAUUAUGGUUGGGGAAGAAACUUCUAGAAUACUGGCUAGCUGGUUCCGGAAACUCGGGGUGGUAGAAGAGGUGGAGCUUGUUUUAAGAGACUUUGCCACCACUACCAGUCACCAAAUAAGCUAAUGUAGAGGUAUUGUAUUAUAAUUUAUUUAAAACUUUGUGUAGCCGUGUCACUAAGGAAUCACUCUUGUUUUCAAUGUAUUAUAGCCAUUUUAAUGUGCAAUGCAAUGAAAAUUGAAAACUACCUCCUUCCUUUCAUUUCUCACUGCACUCUUAGUCUUGUGGCUGAAAUUUCUAUUGAAGAGAGUUGUAACAUGUACAUUGUCUCACUUUCUUACUCUGUUAGGAUAUAGAAAAAUAGAUAUUAGAGUAGUUAAACUAGUUAUGAGUUGUUAGAGAAGUUAGUUAGUUUGGUAUUUGGAUUAGUUAAAGAGUAUGUCUCUAUGUGUAUAAAUAGUCAAACACAAAGGUUAGAGAGUAUCUUUGGAAUAUUGUAAUUGUGAAGAGGAAGCCCUUGAGGAGAGUUUCUCUCCUAUUUCUUAAUAAAAUUGUUAUUUCUUUCGAAUUCAA